AGUUUUUGGCUCGAGCGAUCUGGCUUGAGAAACUUUUUGCGCACGAGAACUCACCUGGGCAAGCUGCAAUGUCCAACCCCAAGGUGUUCUUCGAUAUGACCAUCGGCGGCACGGCCGCUGGCCGCAUCGUGAUGGAACUGAGGGCUGACGUGGUCCCGAAGACUGCCGAGAACUUCCGCUGUCUGUGCACCGGGGAGAAGGGCACCGGCAAGAGCGGCAAGGCCCUGCACUUCAAGGGCAGCAGCUUCCACCGCGUCAUCCCCGAUUUCAUGUGCCAGGGCGGCGAUUUCACUGCCGGCAAUGGCACUGGCGGCGAGGCUAUCUACGGCUCCAAGUUCGCAGACGAGAAUUUCACUUUGAAGCACACGGGCCCAGGCAUACUCUCCAUGGCCAACGCGGGGCCCAACACGAACGGCUCCCAGUUCUUCCUCUGCACCGUCAAGACCUCGUGGCUGGAUGGCAAGCACGUCGUCUUCGGCUCCGUCACCGAAGGCAUGGACGUUGUGAAGAAGAUCGAGGCCGUGGGCUCCGGCUCCGGCAAGACCAGCAAGCCUGUGGUGAUCGCGGAUUCUGGCCAGCUCGCGUGAGCCCCGCGGGUGCAGCCGCGGCUUGCGGCGCGCAGACGGGGUCGUCGAUGCCAGUGUCGAUAUUUCGGGGGCUGUUUUGGGCGUCUCUUUCUCGCGCUAGGCGAAUGGAGCCAGGGGAGGGGGUCGGGCGCUUGUCUUUUCCGUUAUUUAGCUUCGCCCCUUGCGGCGCAGUGGUUAGGUCCAUCGGCGCAUCGAUCCCAGCAUGGGUUCCUGGUUUGGGCCAGGUCCCUCCUUGUUUCAACUGCUGCGCCCCAGGCAAAGAAGUGGGGCCAAUGUAAAAGGGACCGGGCGGGCGCGCCCCAUGGCACCUUCAGUCACCGUGAUACCAUCGAGGAACGCUGAAUACAUUAAUCAAUGAUUUUCUGGCCACGGCGAGGCCGAGCUCAAAGAAGCGGCCCGAGACAUCUGAGCCCUUCUUGCAGCAUCUUGCCUGCACCCACCCCCGCCGCUGCCGCCGCCGCCGCCUCCUCCUCCUCCUUCUCCUCCUCCUCCUCCUCCUCGUCCUC